AUGGCGGGCCGGCUCCUGCCCCCCGACACCAGCCCGGCUCUGGGUGUGGAGGACGUUCCCCACCCUCACCCGGCUCUGCAGGUGUCCCCGCAGCACACGGUGACACGGGUGCCCGUCAUCCGCCACCGCGGCUCCAACACUCUCAACUUCCACUUCCAUGACUCGGAGAGCCGCAGCGCUGCCGAGAACAGCCAGGGAGAUCCCAAGAGCUCAGUGAAUGAGUGGUACCAGACCUGGCCGGCCAAGGAGGCGAAAGCCCCCAGCACCCCAGUGCCCGCCCACCCCACUCCCAGCCCCAGGGCUGCCCCCACCUGCCCACGGGCACCGGGCUGGUCGGCAACCUGGACCAAGGACAGCAAGCGGCGGGAGAGGCGCUGGGUGAAGUACGAUGGCAUCGGGCCCGUGGAUGAGACAGGGAUGCCCCUCGCCUCACGCUCGAGCGUUGACAGCCCCCGGGACUGGUACCGCAGCAUGUUCCGUCAGAUCCACCGCAAGCUGCCAGAGCCCGACUGGGACACACAUUCCUGCCCCACCACGGCACCUCCAUCACCCUCCAAACCGCGGAGGAGGGGGUCAGCCCCAGCAGAGCCCCCUGGCAUUCCCAACGGGAUGGACUGGACCCGCUGGGGUGUCACCGGUGCCACCUCCGAGCCUGGCAGCAUUUUUGACUAUGAACCAGGGAAGUCCUCUCCCCGGGAGCAGACCCCGGCUGCAGCACAGCCGAAGCGGGCUCAGUCCAUCGAGGUGAGGUGGUGGUGGCAGGUGCUGCUGGAGCAGGAGCUGGAGCAGCUCAGCGAGGAGCUGGACAAGGACAUGAGGGACAUGGAGACAAGCCGGACGCCCCGCCAGCUGGAUGUGUGCGUGGCUGGAUCCCUGCACAUCUGGAUGCCUGCCCGGCUGGGUGAAUGCACAGCUAGCUGCGUGCACAUCUGGAUGCGUGCACAACUCGGUGCCGGUCUGUCUGGGUCCGCGCACAUCUGGACCCACGCACGGCUGCUCAGCGGCCUGGAGCCGUGGCCGUGGCUAGCCCGGCGGCUGCUCCCACCGCUCGCUCCCCUGCUCCGGCCUCCCCGGCUUCUCGACCCCACUCGAGGCGAGGGACAGGACCCCGUUCUGGGGGUGGCGAGCGGGCGGGCUGCUCCUGCAGCGUCCCGCGGGGUGAGAGUCCCCCGGGCAUCCCCCACGGGAUCCCCGCGGACCCCCUCGUGCCCCCACACCCCGGCACGGGUGGGAGCCGGCGCCGGGCCGGCUGCCCGCUGGGGACUCCGUGUCCCGGCGUUUGGCUCCUUCCCAGGGGAGGUGACGGUGCUUGGAUUCCCACCGCUGUGUCCCCAUGUCCCCACGGGCGCAGGGAAGCGGCAGCUGUGCCGGCGGCUGCCGGAGCACCCCGGGAUGGGGAGCCCCCUAUCACCCCACCGGCUGUGGAGCCCCCCUGUCACCCACUCCUUACCUGCGACCCCCAGCAUGGAGCGGGGUGGGCUGGGGCUGGCCAGUGACCGGAGCCAUGCAGCCUCCGGCAGAGACACCCUCAGGCCAGGGACCCUCCCCAGCUUGUCGGACCUGGGGGACCCCGUGGAGGCCGUCAAGAAGGAGGAGAAGAAGAUGAAAGCUGCUCGCCUCAAGUUCAACUUCCAGGCUGAGUCUCCCAAGGAGCUGACGCUGCAGAAGGGGGACAUUGUCUACAUCCACAAGGAGGUGGACAGGAACUGGCUGGAGGGGGAGCACCACGGCCGCGUGGGCAUCUUCCCUUCCAACUACGUGGAGAUCCUGCCCCCCACGGAGGUGCCCAAGCCCAUCAAGGCUCCCACGCUCCAGGUGCUGGAAUACGGUGAGGCUUCGGCGCUCUACAACUUCAGAGGGGAUCUGCACGUGGAGCUCUCCUUUCGCAAGGGCGAGCGGAUCUGCCUGGUGCGGCGAGUGAACGAGAACUGGUACGAGGGGCGGAUCUCGGGCACCAGCCGCCAGGGCAUUUUCCCCGCCACCUACGUCCAGGUGUUGAAGGAGCCACGGGUCAAAGCCACAGCCGAGGACAUCCCCUCCUCCCCUGCUCCCGCCAGCCCCCGGCCCGCAGCCGGAUCCCCGUCCCUGCAGCGCUCACCCGGUCCCCGGAUCCCCCAGGCUCCCACAGGCUCUCCCCGGGAAGCCAAGCGGGGUCCCGGGGUGACGGGAGGGCGCCCGUCCUCUCCGCUUCACCUCAGCAACACCUUCCCCUCCUCCCCAAAGCUGCCCCACGUUGGCACCCCCGGCCCCUUGGUGGCCUCUGCCAGCCCCCCACACCCUGCGGCCACCCACCCCCAGGAGCCCAACGGCUCCGAAAUCCGGUGGACUCCGUACCGGGCGCUCUACCAGUACCGGCCCCAAAACGCCGACGAGCUGGAGCUGCUAGAAGGGGACAGGGUGGAUGUCAUGCAGCAGUGCGACGAUGGCUGGUUCGUGGGAGUGUCCAGGAGGACGCAGAAAUUUGGCACUUUUCCUGGGAAUUACGUGGCGCCGGUGUGA